AUGAUUCCCCAAAUAAUUGCUGCGCUGACUGCUCUCACUGUGCUGCCUGUGACGGCUAGCCCAGUUGACCUGUUGCGUCGAGGAACAGUUGGAUCCGAUUCACUUGUCGGAUUUCCCCAAACACUUCCUGCAGGUGCCACUGGGGACCUAUAUCUGGCCUACCAGCCAAAUCUAUAUGUUGUCAAUGGUUGUGUGCCUUUCCCGGCCGUAGACGCAAACGGAAACACCAAUGGCGGUCUCAAGCCAACAGGGGCUCCAAAUAGUGGAUGCAGUAAAAGCACAGGGCAAAUAUACGUGAGAGGCGGCUCUUCGGGCGCCCGCUAUGCCCUGAUGUAUUCCUGGUAUUUCCCCAAGGAUUCGCCUUCGACUGAUCUUGGCCAUCGCCACGAUUGGGAAGGUGUUAUUGUCUGGCUUUCCGACCCCACAAGUACCGCUGCCUCAAACGUCUUAGCCGUUUGUCCGUCGGCACAUGGUGGCUGGGACUGCAGCACAAAUGGCUUUACGCUUGCUGGCACUUCACCUCUGAUUAAGUAUCAGUCUGUUUGGCCUGUUAACCAUGCUUGCGGCCUGACAACUACCGUGGGCGGCACACAGCCGUUGGUUGCCUGGGAGUCAAUGUCAACUAUUGUGCAAAAUGCCUUGGAAACAACGGACUUCGGAUCGGCAAAUGUUCCUUUCAAAGAGGGCAAUUUCGCUUCCAACCUAGCAAAGGCAACAUUCUGA